UCGGUUUCCACGUCGCCUUGAUUGCUACGCCCCGCCGCUCCAGGACGCAAUAUAACUAUUCGAUAAGCUCUGCCGGUCAACCUCGUUUUCGACAUCGCAGAACAGCGGCCAAAGAUGGUGCUCGGACGGUUGACCCAUUAUGCCUUCGACGCUGUGCUCUUCUCCGCAUUUCUCGCGGGUAUGAAGCGCUCGACAGGCUUGACUUUCAAGACGGAGAAGGUGGCCGGGGACAACAAGGAAAUGUCCAAAUGGGUCGAUAAGUACCUCGGCGUUGGCGAGUGGGUGAUGGAUCAGUCGGUCGCCAUUGCCGGUUCGAGCGGGUGGUUCGAGCGGACGCGGUAGAAACGAACCUUCGCUUCGGAUGGCGUAUGGGGCGGGAGGGUAAAACCGGUACUGUCCCGGGGAUGGGACGACAGCUUUUCUAGCUGGAGAUGUAGUGGGCCGGCCGAUCGAGCUCGGGCUGGGCCGGAGGUUUCCCGUGAUACCGGGCUCCUCAAUUAGGUCUCAUGGGUGGCGUUCUGGUUGACUUUGGUGGGUGCUUUAGCCUCGAAAUUCAAUUUUAUGGUUUCGUGCAUCA